AUGAACAAAACGUUCCUUCAAUGGCGUUUGGGCAAGCUUGAUAGCUACCAAUUCUACGAGAAGAUACUCCAAAAUGAGAUCGACAAGCUCAAAGAGGCCAAAACCGAAGUCUACAACUAUCGAAAAUCUCGUUUGUCCAUCGGUGUGACUUCGUUGGCACUGGACUCCACGGGUCAGUUUCUGCUGGCAAGCGGGGAGGACGGAAGUGUGGCAUUGUGGGCGCUGGACGAGUCCUGCAGCGAUGGCCAGCUUGUUAAUAAGAGGGUUCACUUUGCUCGGGCAGAAACCAGGCCAGCUAAAGAAAAGGUGGACGAGAAAGAAUAUCUUUCUCAGAGGCAUGUGGUGAUGAGACGACCCAUAUCAGUAUCGACUACGAAUCAUUCUCGAUGGGGACAGGGCGCAGGCGCUCCAGGUGGCUCAUCCGGGAAAUUUCAAGCCUCUAUCGAAUCCAGCAUUCCUAGAAGAGAUCACGACCCACAGGUGGGCUUCCAUGCUUACUCUGUCACCAGCGUGAAGUGGUAUUCGUCUGAUAAUGGGCUUUUUUUUACCGGCAGCAACGACCAUAAGGUCAAAAUCUGGGACACCAACACUUUCCAGGUAGCGAGUUCGUAUGACCUGGGCCUUCGCGUUGCGCAGUUGGAUGCGUGUGCAGAUCUUGUUGCCGUAGCCACAGAGGACUCUCAUCCGCGACUACUCGACCUAAGGUCCAUGAGCGCUACCAUUAGCCUUGGAGUCAAGCGGACCGAUAUGCGUGAGGGAAUAAACACUGCCAAGUUCUCCCGGCACGAUACCAAUUCGGCUACAGCUCCCUUAUUGCUCGCAACCGGUGAUAACGCAGGCAACGUCCGCGUGUGGGAUCUGCGUAUGAGCAAUCAAGCGCUGUGUGAUUUGACGGAACCGGACACAAUGGCCAAAGCGCACGCCCGGUGCUGCAAUGACAUAUGCUGGGAUCCAAACGGCUCGCUGGAGCUGGUAACGACCGGAAACGACGGCAAAUGCAAGAUGUGGGCACUGCAUAACUCCCAAUCUCGCCUUAUCCGUCAGCUGGGUGCCACGGAUGUGAUGGCCAAUCGGUUUCGUCGCCGCACAUCACACUAUUUGAUGUGGGAAGGUCCAUAUGUGUUCUGCAACAGCGACCACGGUGAGAUUCUCGUCUAUCAAAGUAGUAAUGGGCGCCAGUGGCACUCAUUUCAAUACCCGCUGAGUGGGAGUCGCGACCGCUUAAUAACUCCUCGUUUCCAAAGUAUGGUGAUGCAAACGGGACUCGCCAAUUCAAUUGGCGUAAGGCUUGUCUUCGGGACGGACAACACUCACGGGAAAAUAGUUCAAUACAAAGUGUAG